AUGAUAAAACCGGAAUUGGAGAGCGGUCGCCGGUAUCUAGCUGGUGAGAGCAAUCUGCAGAUACUGAAUGCUGAUCGUGAUGUUGACCCAGGCCGGUACCAGUGUCAGGCACUGAACAAGACAUCAAAGUUUGUCAGUGCCAGCCGUGAGGCCCUCGUCAAUGUGUACUGGAUGGAACCUGAUGUACAUGUGGAGUUGGUCAAACCUCAACGGAUAGAGGAUAUUCGAAUGGGCGUUGAGGUCGAACUGGCCUGUCGCGUCCAGGCAAGCCCACCAGUCACUAUGAAUAAUAUCCUCUGGUUUCAUAACGGCAACGCGAUGACUCUUCUCGUCAACGUGAAUGACUCUUCUUUUGAGAUUGCAAAGUAA